GAGAGAGAGAGAGAGAGAGGGAGGUUAUGUUAUUACAUAUGUAUAUCUAAUUUUUUCUAAUAUAAUUAUUCAUACAUCAACCAAAUCACAUAUAUACAAAUAGAAUGUAUCUGCAACAAGUGAUGCAUAUGUAAAUGUAAGAAGAAGACACUAAAUCGAGUUUAAACAUAUGUAUUCUGAAUUCGAUAAUACGUCGAAGGACUAUGGAAGAUAAAGAAGCUCGUUUAAUCCGGUGUAAAAUAAUAACAGUUAAGUACGUGGUUGUCAUUAAUUCGGUGAUUUGUUAGCAAUAAUGCGUAAAAAACUAUCACAAUACGCCCACACGUCUGUUAAGUGCCGAUAACACGUUUACGACAGAUCUUCAUAUUAAAACCGCAUGUACAAAACUAGUACACGUUUACAAUAUGAGUAUUCUUCGAAAGAAGUUAAACGACUUCGAUGAUGUUCUCAUUGCCGAUGAGAUUGAUUUAAUAAGUUUACGUCGAAUAUGUUUUCAUGGAAUACCGGAUGAAGGUGGCUUGAGACCAUUAUGUUGGAAACUUCUGUUGAAUUAUUUACCUCCAAACAGAGUUAGUUGGUCUGAAACACUAACGCGCAAGAGGGAACUUUACAAAACAUUUAUUGAGGAUCUUAUCGUAACUCCGGGGGAGACUAAUGUGGAUGGGGAAAGAGUGGAUGUAACAUUACACGAUCAUCCUUUAAAUUUGAAUCCAGAUAGCAAGUGGCAAACAUAUUUUAAAGAUAAUGAAGUUUUGUUACAAAUAGAUAAAGACGUUAGGAGAUUAUGUCCAGAUAUAUCGUUCUUCCAGCAAGGUACUGAUUAUCCUUGUCAAGAAAUAGUCAAUGAUAGUGGACAAAAACGUUUACAUCACAGAGUACAGCAUACAGUUCUCAGAAGUGCCAAUGUAGAGAGAAAAGGACUUGGAGUGACUAAAAUAGCAGUAUCCGUUAGGAAAGCUGCAGAAGAUUAUGCACCAUUAGCCGAAGGUGGAGAGGCUCAUUGGGAAGUCUUAGAGAGAAUAUUGUUCCUAUAUGCAAAAUUGAAUCCUGGGCAAGGGUACGUACAGGGUAUGAACGAAAUCGUUGGUCCUAUUUAUCAUACAUUUGCUUGUGAUCCAGAUCAAAAAUGGCGAGAACAUGCUGAGGCUGAUACUUUUUUUUGCUUCACUAAUUUGAUGGGAGAGAUACGUGACUUUUUCAUUAAAUCUUUAGAUGAAGCAGAAUUUGGUAUAAAUUCGAUGAUGAGUAAAUUGACUUUGCAAGUUAAGGCCAAUGAUCCUGAGAUUUGGAUACGACUGCAUCAACAAGAGUUAUGUCCCCAGUAUUACAGCUUUAGAUGGCUCACUCUUCUUCUUUCGCAAGAAUUUCCAUUACCUGAUGUCAUGAGAAUUUGGGAUUCCCUUUUUGCCGAUGAAAGUAGAUUCAGUUUUUUGAUACAUAUAUGUUGUGCAAUGAUUCUAUUAUUGCGGGACCAACUUUUAGCUGGUGAUUUUGCAACGAAUGUAAAGCUCUUGCAAAAUUUUCCAUCGAUGGACAUUCAAAUUGUGCUUUCCAAAGCAGCUUCAUUGGCUGGGAAGACAUUAAAUUCUCCAUAACGAAUUUUAAGCCUAAUACUCUCGUGAAUACGUGAUUAGUUUCAGGUAAAACAACGAGACGUUUUUUCUAUCAAAUUGUUUCUUCC